AUACAAAAAGUACUUGAUAUUAGUAAAUUGUAUUCUGAUAUAACUUAUCAACAUCAUCGUGAACUAGAUAAUCUCUUUUCUACUUUUUUAAAUACUGCAUUAACAUAUAAUAAUACUGCAACUCAAAUAAUACAUGAUAAUACUACAACUCAAGCAACACAUGAUAAUACUACAACCCAAAUAACACAUAAUAAUACUAAUUUAUUAAAUGCAGAAAUAUCAGAUAUCGAUAUAGCUAAUAGUAAUAAUAAUAUUAGUUUAUUAAAUAAAAUACAAAACGAGUAUUUAGAUAAAAAUAAUAAAGAAAUUGAAGAUAAUGAAGAAUGUGAUUUGACUUAUAUUUCUAAGACAGAAUUUGGUGAGUAUCUUCAAGAGUGA